AGCGGGGGGCAGAAGUUGAUAGGCUCUACCGGCAAAGCUUCUGGCAGCUUCCAAGCGAAUGCCGCGAUCCCGCGAUCCCGCGAUCCGAGGUCUCCUGCUCGGCUUCUCCUGGCGUGGCCAUCUUCACGUGCUUGUUGGAGGUCCCUCUUCAUGCUCGCUUCUCAAGGCUGCGAACGACGCACACAAUGUUUUCCCUGUCGCACAACCCUUCGCACCCCCACCCCGCGAGACGUGCUGUGGACACCUCUCCCGCCGCGCUUGUAACCUUUUGAUUGUGAUUCUGAUUGUAGCUCUAGACGGUGUGGAUUUUGUCAUCGAUGUCGUCAUCUCGUGAUGAGCGCACGGGCGUCCAUCUCGCAGUC